AUGCAGCUAAUCAGGCAACAUAACAUUAUUUUCGGUAUGUUUAUCAGAUGACAAAGUUAGAAUUUUCUUUUAAACACAAUGGGCGAUAUUACAAGUGAAGAUGGGGCUUGUAGCUCAAUAGCAGAUGAAGAAAGAGCUAGAAGAUUAUUCGAACUAUGCGAUGGAGAUGGUGAUGGGUACAUUGAUAGUGAGGAUUUAGAGUCUGUGUGUAGAACCCUCGGUCUAGUUGAACCUUUAAAACCAUUGUUAAUGGGUUUAGGAGCCGAUGAACGAGGCAGAAUUUCACUUAAGGAUUUUGCAGCAAGAAGACAUGCCCUUAAACCUCAAAUAGGCGCUAUAUGCCAAAAAGGAAAUAGUAGUGUUGCAGGAAAGCAAGAUAGUUGGGGAUGGGAUUCAGGGCUUGGUACUCGCGAGUUGUCUCCUGAGAGAGUCAGAGAGUAUACAUCGGCAUCAACCACAAUGCUUGAUAUUGAGAAUAAGGUAGGAUGAUUAUAAUUUUGUACAUAGAUUAUUCAUAUUUUAACAAUACAGGCAAUACAUGAAAAGCUUG